GGAUUUCUGAAGAUUUGUUCUGGGACUUAAAAAACCUUCGAACCAUUAUAUUUCAUAACAACCGCAUUUCUUCGAUAUCUAAUGAACUAUUCAAAAAUCUGGUGCAUAUAGUGACAUUAGAUUUAAGUACAAACCGAAUUUCCAAGAUUGGUGAACACGCAUUUUCCAAACUUAACAAUUUGCGGGAACUCUUACUUGAACAAAAUUAUCUUUUUCGGAUACCUGAUAAUUUGUUCAACAAUUUGAAUUCGCUGAUUAGGUUGAAUUUGUUUUCAAACAAUCUUACUACGAUCGAGACGAAGGAUUUUCAAGGGCUUAUAAACUUAAAAAAUUUAAUGCUCAACAACAACAUUCUAAAGGAUAUUGAAGCCGAGGUUUUCACGCCAGUGAAGAACCUUGAAAAAUUGUAUGUACAAACUCAAUUAACGGCUUUAUAGGAAAUAAUGAGCAUUGCCUGCUAUGCUUCUCAAAUCUAUGCAAUUACGAAUGAGUUCUAUUGAAUUACUUAUGCAAGUAGUUUUUAUCGUUAUAUAUAUGAAAGUAGAUCCGGUCAUUUAAGUAACUCCUCUUACCAUUUGGCUCUAAGUAACCGCGACGCAAGCCAAACCUGACUUCUAAAGCAUUUUGUUGCAAAUA